AUGUCACAUUUGCUUAUGAUACAAAUAAGCAACCGGACUUUUGGUGUAUUUUUUUGUGAAGUUGAAGUGAAGCCUACCUCUCAAAGUGAAGAAAGACAGAUUGUUUGUGAGCAUAUUUUCGAUCAUAUUUCAACAAAAAAACAUUAUUCCAAUGUAAAUAAGUAUCUCAAAGAAUAUAAUGCCGAUCGUAAAUUAGUGGGAGAGUUUAUCCUUAGUAAAAAUGAUAUUGAAAAG